UAAUUUUAAUUUCACAUGACUUGCAUGAACAUGCUUUAACACGCAUGUAUUGUGUUGUUGAGAGAACACUAAUGCUGUGACAUGAGUGUUUUGAUGUGAUCAAUGGAUAUAGACGGAGAAGAUGUCAUAGGUUUGAUGUCUUCUUGAUGAUUCUGGUGUUUUUAGCUCGUCGUGAUUGUCGGGUUUGUGUAAUAGAGAUAUGUAAGUUCAUCGUGUCUGUGUUUGACAAGCACGACCAUCUAAAUAUUAACUAAGGGAAAGGCGCGACGAUAAUGUCUCAAUAAGUUCAUGAAAGUAGAAACGAAAGAUAAGAGGGUUUUAAAGGCAGAGAAAGAGGCUCAGGAUGCUAAGCGAUUGUUAGCUUGCUGCUAACGCUUCCUUCAUUUCUCUCCGGCGCAUAAGAGCUUAACAGCGAAUAAAAUGAUCAUCAUCUCAACACUAACAAUCUAUCGGAACUGAUAAAGAUAAGGAAAAGCAGACACGAUAACCAGAAAGUUCUGUAUUUCAACGUUUUGUUGUGUUUAGCUCAAGCUGCUAGGUUUACUGUCAUCACAUUAGCUAGCCAGAAAGCAUUGAGGAAUUUGAGCACAGUAUUAUGCAAAAGAAGAUGAAAAUACCCAAGAUGUCGAACAGGAACACAGUGGAGAAUCACUUUGGCGAGGAGAGAAUGCCCCUAAGACAUAAAAAGGUCCAGUCACAGGAACAGCAGCGGGCCAGUUCCAACUCCUCAAAGAGCCUGGCUGCGGUGGUGGCGCGGCUGGAGAGGAACGCAGUCAACUCGUGCACGGAGGGAGAGGAGCUGGACAGACUCACCACAGAGGAAGAGGAAGAGCAGGACGAGGCCGUGGUGCCCCGUGUCCUGUACGAGGAGCUGGUGCACAGCUACCGGCAGCAGGAGGAAGAAAUGAGACGUCUGCAGCAGGAACUGGAGCGCACACGCAGGCAGCUGCUCCAGCAGGCCAAAAAACUGAAGGAGUACGGCAGUCUGCUGACCGAAGUCAAGGAGCUCCGGGAUUUCAACCGACGCCUGCAGGACGUCCUGCUCAUGAGGCUUGGCAGCGAACCGAUGCAUGACAAUGGCACACAGACAAUCAAAGCAGAGGUGGUAGAGCCGAUCAGUGAACCACAGGAGACGUGUCAAGAGGAAGCCAACACUAGCUCCACCCACUCCCACUCCCCGUCCCCGAGAACCGUCUACACCUUCAAUGAUGGAAAAGUGCAUUUGGGUGGAGGGAUUUGGGUGGAGGAGGAGAAGUGGCACCAGCUACAGCGGACACAGGGAGACUCGAAAUUCACCAAAAACCUGGCGGUGAUGAUCUGGGGCACGGAAACCCUGAAGAACCGCAGCGUGACUGGCGUCGCUACGAAGAAGAAGAAAGAUGCCUUGCCCAAACCACCACUCUCACCAAGCAAGCUCAAAAUCGUCCGAGAGUGUCUGUACGACCGCGUGUCUCAAGAAACAGCCGACAGCGCAGAGAUCACCCAGCGAUUAUCCAAAGUGAACAAAUACAUCUGCGAAAAGAUCAUGGAUAUCAACAAAUCCAUCAAGAACGAGGAACGCCGAGAGUCCAAGCUUCUCAUCCAACAGACAGUGAAGAUGGAGAACUUCCCCUAUGACGGCCUGUAGGGGGCGCUAAAGUUGUCACCAUAGCUCAUUCUACUCCUCAAGGACUUCUGGUGGAGAAGGUGCACGUAAUCACCGGCGCUGCCAAUUGAGAUUUCCACUGAUGCCCUCCCAAGACCUCUCAGUCUUUAACUCUCGCAGACCCUGUUUUACAACCUGUCUGACAGUUUUACCUCUCUCCACACUGCCUUAGCAUUCCGGUGUGCAUUCUGUGAGUGAAUGGGGCGGGGUUUUUGUAAGCUUUGAUGGGGAUCUCGGGGUGGGUCUGAUGUUACGCGUGAUAGACAGGAGCGAUCCUUUAAAUCGUGUGCGAGUAAAAUGUGUUUGGCACAUCAGCUUGUGUUCUGUGUCAGAACAUGUCCUAAUGUACUAAAGAGGUUUCCCUUGUCAUAAAUGCUGGCUUAGAGUCGGAGUCUUAAGGGGAGGUAGGUCACUUCACUGGGACCAUCUGCUAAAGGUACUUAACAUAAAGAGUUGCACUUUUAAACAGGGUCACACCCUGCGUCGUCUUAAUGAACGAUUGAUUUAAUUAAUCAAUCUAGGCCUAAUUGCUCCCGUUAAUUGCUUUCCUGAGAUGACUACUGAUGGUCCGUUCUAGUUUUUGAUGGUUGUUAGAGGUGGAGAGGUCGCAUGUAGUCAGUGAUUCUGCUAGACGGUUGUCCUGGAAGACGGAUUAGCAGUGUUUUUUUGGUAUUCAGUCCCAUCCAGGUGAAUAAAUAUUUGUUUAAAGUUCAAUUUAGACUUUCUAAGGUCAUCAGUAUGCUUGUUGUUUUCGCUUUAGGCGAUAGUCCUGUUGGGAAAUUCUUACGCGUUCGGAAGUCAUAAUUACGAUGACAUGUUUUUAAGGGAUUCAUACUACGGUUCAAAACUUUAGGGUUGGUAGGUUUUUUAUUUUAUUAUGUUUUUGAAAGAAGUCUCUUAUGCUCACCAAGGUUGCCGUUAUUUGAUCAAAAAUGCAUGUGAUAUUUUAUUACAAUUUUAAAUAACUUUUCUAUUUUAAUAUAUUUUAACUUCAAAUGUAUUCCUGUGAUGGAAUAGAAUGUUAAAAAGAACAGCAUUCAUUUGAAAUAUAAAUCUUUUGUAACACUUUUGAUUCAUUUAAUGCAUCCUUGCCGAAUAUAAGAAUUAAUUUCUUGAAGAAAUCCGUCCUUAAACUUUUCAACAGCGGUGUAUAUUUGAACAAAAUGCAUUGUUGUGUAAAAUGGGCCCAAAAUAGAAGAGAGUAUUUUAAUGUCAUAUGUUUAAGUAUAGUUGAAUUCUUCUUCUCUGAGGUCUCGUGUUGUGUACAAAGUUCACAACAGUACAGUAAAAAUGGCGUCAAGUAUAAAAUAAGAUUCUUGUAAACAACAAAAGCACAUCCAAGUUGAUUUCAGUGAACUUGAUGGACUAGCCAUGGGACAAGAGUUAUUGUAUUAUCGGGUCUACGGAGAUGGAGACCACCUAAGACCUUUUACCAGCUGUAAAUUGCACUUGGGACGGAGGGUAAGUGGAAAUCAGAGCUGGGCUGCAGGGCCUUCUUCCAGCUGGCAAUCAUUGGGAACUGUGUUCUCUGUUUUAUAGCAAGCUGUGAUUGUAAUAUGAGCUGAUAUUGCUUUAACUGCACUUUGGUGUGUGAGUGUGGAGAGAUGCCAGGUGCCGUGUGCGGACGUGGGGUAAAACUGUCAGCAGUGCUCGGGCGGGGGGGGGUUACACAUUAGCCUCAUUCCUCUGGUCACGCCAACAGCAGAGUCUCUGCUCCAGCCCACCUGUAGAGGGCGCACUCAUCGGGGGGAGAAAUAAGAUAUCGUGACAACUUACAACGAGCCAUGCCAUCCACACUUUAGUCCUUUGUCUCCCCUUGUCGUCUUUAUUUUCAUCACAGACGGUUUAUGUGGCUUGUCGGCGUAACAAAAGAAAGAAAAACGAGCCUUUUGCAGAUUUGGGUUCUUGACUGUGAUGCCAUAUCGCUUACUGUGAAUUAACCACAGAUCUGCCACGCAAAAGCCUCCCCGUUUUUUUUUUGUUGUUUUUUUAUAAAUCGAGUACAUUUAUUAGUGGGGAGAAAAUUUCACUGUACAUUUGGAAUAUAUUCUCAUGUUUUUGAACAUUUCAUCGUUUGCAUCCAGGCUGCACCUUAUCUCACUAAGCUUCUGGUUCAGAAUCGAGUCAGACAAUGUUGUAAUUCUGUCUUUAUCUUUGCUGGUUCAUACUGUAUGUAGUUUAUAAUCAUUUCUACUUUUACAGUGUAUAUGUGACGUUUCGCUAUUAAUGUAGAUCCUGGGUAAUCACAUUUCUAAAAGAAUGCAGGGCUCUUCGCGAAUACAUCAUCUCUAAUGACAGAAACCCA